AUGCACUUUACCAAGACCAUUGCAGCAGUUGUUGCCUUGACGGCAACUGUAUCAGCACUACCACUGCAAAAGAGAGGAGAUGAUGUUGUAGUCGGCAAUCCAGCCAACCCCCUCGAUGACCUCUUGACAAACAUCAAAGGAGGGCUUGAGGGUGGACUAGACUUUCUGUCCCUCCCAAGCGGAGACGGUGCCAACAAUGUCAAGCGCGCAGAAGAGAUUCCAGAUGCCGCCAACCCAUUGGUGGAUCUGGUAGCAAACGUCAAAGGUGGUGCCGAAGGCUUCUUUGAUUUCCUUGGUGCUCCUUCUGGAAAUGUCGAGUAA